CUUCCUUCUGCCAUCUCUUCCUGAAUGUAAUAAGGAAGGAAACUGCCCUGUCUGUGCUGCUGCUGCUGCUGCUGAAUAAGUUUUAUUUAGCAGGUUUUUUCAGCUGCUGUCUUCCUGUAAGCACAUGGGAGUGGGCUGCUGCUCACUUCACUGACACAGAAACAUUCUUGUUAUUCGGGUUAAAUGGCUAUCUCUGGACCAGCCUGGAAGCUUCUGUCUGUAUUUAUAUCACUAAUUUUCCUGCUCCCUGGUGUGAAAGCAAUGGAUGAAGGGGAUGCAAUAGCAAUGCUGCUUGGAGCAGUAAUUGUGGGCAUUGGAUUUUGUGCUUGUUUGGGGUAUUAUGCCAGAAAGAGAGAAGGGCAAUACUAAGAAUAUGUACAGCAUUUACAGUUUAUAUAAGUAUUGUUUAGGACUGGAGGAGGAUAUCUAUAUUUCUGUAUAUAUAACCUGUAAUUGAGAUGCCAUUUCAAGUGAUAUUAUCACUUUUCAAUAUGAAUAUUAAAUGUACUAAAGAGUA